AUGUCAAGGCCUGUUGAGAGAAUAGCAGAGAUCAAUGAUGGAAAAGAGCUUUGGAAGAUUGUUGUUAGGAUUCACCACAGAUGGAAUGUUGUCUCCAACAACAAGGAACAUUUUGAAAUGAUCUUUGUUGACAAAUUGGGAGAUGAUAUUCAUGCUGUUGUUCCAGCACCACAUGUGUCGGUGUUCACCGAAAAAUGCUUAUUAGGGCAUACUUAUACUGUAUCUAAUUUUAAGGUGGUGCCUUAUGUUUUGGCGUUCAGGGCAUCAGGACACAAAUAUAUGAUAAAGUUUACUGCUGGAACGUCUGUUAUUGAUGAAGAAAAACAUGAGAUACCCCCGAAAUCGAUUUUAUUUUACAAGUUUUUCGGACAUCAUAACAGGGAGACUGAGUCGAGCGCAAAGAAGCAGCAAAUUAGCAUGAUGUUGCGUGACCACAACAACAACAUGUUGAACUGUACUCUGUGGGAAUCAUACGCGGAUCAGUUCAUCAAGUUUAACAAAGUUAGGGUUGCUGCAUCACUCCCUACAGUUGUGUUGCUUCAGUAUGCCAAAGUGAAGGAAGAAGGAAAGUAUCCUCUGUCUGUGACAAACACCUAUAAUGUGACCCUUUUAUGUGUUGAUGCUGAUUUUCCUGUCAUGAAAGACUUUAUUGAUAGAAUGCCUGAGGAGAGCAGGGUAACCCUGUCUGAACAACUCGGAGGGAAUUCCCAAUAUUCCUCCCAAAGUUCUGAAAAUCAACAGCUGACUCCUGUGCAAAAAUUGUUCUCAAAGGCUGUUGUUUUGCCUAUUGCUGAGAUUAUUCAACUUACGGAUGUAUUUACAUUUUGUGCUACUGUCGCUACAACAAAAUUAUUAGUAGCGUCUCCUUUUGGAUGGUACUAUCGUGCUGGUCAUAUGUGUCAAUCUAUAGCGCGUGGGGACAGCCCCCCCUUUGAGUGUGAAGCUGGUCAUGAAACCAUGGCUGAAGUCCUUAGGUAUAAGAUUGAGAUUGAGGUUACUCAUGGGGGCAAAAGCUGCAAUUUUGUCUUCUGGAACAGAGAAUGUGAAAUGUUGUUGGGUUUAUCUGCAUCCCAACUUCGUAACACUAUGAUUCAGGGUGGAAUUACUGAUCCAUUGGACUUUCCGUUAGCACUUGAUCAGUUGUUGAAGUUGGAAAUGGCUAUGAAGGUUAAGUGGCAUCCACGCUGGAAGAACUGUUCCGUCGUUAUGAUUAUAAAAAAUGAUCCUAUUAUCCAGCAACUUAAGGAAAAAUGGGGAACAGAUGAGGAACCUAUUCCAAUCCAAACUGUCAUACCUGAGACUCUGGAGAUUAGAGAGAGUGUUGAUGAGGCUAAAACAGAUGCCAAUGAAGACUGUGAAUUGGUUACAGACCUGGAAAUUACAUCUGAGCACAAGCCUGAUGCUGUCGCACCUGGUGGUAAGAGGCAUCUUCCUGCUGCAUCAAGUGAAUCCACUGAUUUGGACGGAUUACAUGAUGGAGAACUGUCAUCAAACAAGCUGAAGAAGAUAAUUAAAAUGGAGAAGAUUGAUUAG